CUUUUAGAUUGAGACAUGAAUAGUAGCCCCUUAGUUUUUACCCAUUGCACCUUCAAUUACGUUUCAUAGGCCAUUUGCUUUCACACACAACACACACUCUUGACUUCGUUUCUUCCCUUCUUCUCCCGGCGUGACCCCUCUCUCUCUCUCUUCCUCCGCUCUCUCUUCCCCCUCUCUAUCGCCUUUGGGGUCGCCCAACUGCAAAUUCCUCAAAAACCCUCAUCCAGAAAACCCCCUAUUCCAAAAUUUCCCCGUCCAAUAGCACGCUGAUUGCAUCAUCAAUGGCCGCGCCGGAGCUAGCUCAAACCGACCCAGAAGGAAUUGAAGGAGUCCGGAUGACAUGGCUGAAUUGGCCGCGAUCCAAGGUGGAGGCGUCCAAGUGCGUCAUCCCAAUCGCUGCCUCAAUUCAGCCGAUCCGCCCCCACGUGGAUCUGCAGAUCCUGCCCUACACGCCGCUCCGAUGCAAGACAUGCUCCGCCGUGCUAAACCCCUUCUGCCGAGUUGAUUUCACUGCCCUCAUAUGGAUCUGCCCCUUCUGCUUUCAGAGGAACCAUUUCCCGCACCAUUAUUCCUCGAUUUCGCAGACGAAUUUGCCUGCCGAAUUGUACCCCAAUUUUCCCUCUGUUGAGUAUUUGAUCCCGAAUUACCAGAAUCCGCAGAAUUUCAACCCUGCCGUGACGUCUUCUCCGAUUUAUUUGUUUGUUCUGGAUACCUGCAUGAUCGAGGAGGAGUUGGAAUUUGCCAAAUCGGCGCUGAAACGGGCGAUUGGGAUGCUGCCGGAAAAUGCUAUGGUUGGGUUUGUAUCGUAUGGCACGCAGGUGCAGGUGCACGAAUUGGGGUUCUCGGAGAUGUCAAAGGUUUAUGUUUUUAGGGGAUCGAAGGACAUAUCGAAAGAUCAGGUCUUGGAGCAAUUAGGGCUUGCUGUGCAGGGAAGUAGGCGGGCUGGUCCGGGUAUGCAGAAGAGUGGUGGUGGACCGAGCCCUGUGGCUGGAGCUGGAGCUGGGCCAAACACCGGGAUCAACAGAUUUUUGUUACCUGCGUCUGAAUGCGAAUACACACUGAAUUCAUUGUUGGAUGAGUUGGUGACAGAUCAAUGGCCGAUUGCGCCAGGUAACAGGGCAUUGAGGUGUACAGGAGUUGCGCUGAGUGUUGCCACAGGACUUCUAGGGGCAUCAACAGCAGGGACUGGUGCAAGGAUGAUUGCAUUGGUAGGGGGUCCAUGCACAGAAGGUCCCGGAUCGAUUGUCUCAAAAGAUCUGUCUGAUCCAGUCCGUUCACAUAAGGAUCUUGACAAGGAUGCAGCACCUUUCUUUAAAAAAGCAGUCCAUUUCUACGAUGAACUUGGAAAACAGUUGGUUAGUCAAGGCCAUGUGCUGGACGUCUUUGCCUCUGCUCUCGAUCAGGUUGGGAUUGCUGAGAUGAAGGUUGCCAUUGAAAAAACUGGUGGACUUGUCGUUCUGGCUGAAAGUUUUGGCCACUCUGUCUUUAAGGAUUCAUUCAAGCGCAUUUUUGAAGUUGGAGAGCAGUCAUUGGGGCUUGCAUUCAAUGGUACGCUGGAGGUCAACUGCUCAAAGGAUAUAAAAGUCCAAGGAAUCAUUGGUCCAUGCACCUCACUUGAGAAGAAAGGGCCUGCUGUAGCUAGCACAGUUAUAGGACAGGGGAAUACUACAGCUUGGAAGAUGUGUGGCCUUGACAAAAGUAGUUGCCUAACUGUUUUCUUUGACGUUUCGUCUAGUGAAAAGUCUGAUCCAGCAGGGCCAAGUCCUCAAUUAUACAUACAGUUUCUAACUAGUUAUCAAAGCUCUGACGGCCAGAUGCGGCUGAGAGUCACAACUGUUACACGACGAUGGGUGGUGGGCAGUGAGGAUUUAGUUCAAGGAUUUGAUCAAGAAGUCGCUGCUGUAGUAAUGGCUAGACUAGCUUCUUAUAAAAUGGAAAUGGAGGAGGGUUUUGACGCGACAAGAUGGUUAGAUAGGAAUCUGAUACGCUUGUGUUCCAAAUUUGGGGAAUAUCGUAAAGAUGAUCCCGCCUCAUUCACUUUAAACUCCUGUUUUUCAUUGUUUCCUCAGUUCAUGUUUAAUCUGCGACGGUCGCAAUUUGUACAGGUGUUUAACAAUAGCCCGGAUGAGACAGCCUAUUUCCGCAUUUUGUUGAAUCGGGAGACUAUAAGCAAUGCUGUAGUCAUGAUUCAACCAUCAUUGAUAUCAUAUGCAUUUAAUUCACUUCCUGCACCAGCUUUGCUUGAUGUUCAAUCCAUUGCAGCGGAUCGUAUUCUCCUGCUGGACUCUUAUUUUAGUGUUGUUAUUUUUCAUGGAAUGACUAUAGCUCAGUGGAGGAAUAUGGGCUACCAGAACCAGCCAGAACAUCAGGGUUUUGCUAUGUUAUUACAAGCUCCACAAGAGGAUUCCCAAUUAAUAAUUCGUGACCGUUUUCCUGUACCGAGGCUCGUGGUCUGUGAUCAGCAUGGUUCUCAGGCAAGGUUUUUGCUGGCAAAGUUGAAUCCCUCAGCCACCUACAGUAAUGCACAGGAAAUGAUGCAUACUGGUUCAGAUGUGAUCUUCACUGAUGAUGUGAGUCUACAAGUAUUCAUUGAUCACCUUCAGAGGCUUGCUGUCCAAGCUUCUUAAGGACGUGAUUCGCCUGCUUGAUGAUUUUCUUGGAGUGAAUUAUGGCUCUUCUAGUUGUUCAUGUUUGAAACUAUGCCUUAUUGUCGUCCAAUUGCGAGAAUGAGGUUAGACCCUCAGUGUUUGAACAAUGAGUAGUUGCUUUGCUGCUAUUCCUUUCGGGCUCGAGAGGACUUUUGCUUCAUUGGAUUCUGAGGUGCUCGCGGAAUUUGUAACUUAAAUAGUUAUUGGAUAAACCUAAGGGUAUAGUUGUAAGUUAAAAAGUGACAUUUUUGUAUUUGACAGGAUUAUAUAUUGGUAGUUUCUUCCCAUUA